CGUUAUCGAUCAAACAUCCGAGACGUAAGGUGUAAUAAUCGGCACGUCUUACUGACAUUUAUGCCAUUUUUUAGUAUAUUUUACAAAAAAGAAGCUUUUUAAAGACGAUGGAAGAAGUAAAAGUCGCCCCAGAUCCUACGCAAGAGAAGACGGUGCUGGAUCCAGAUCAUCCGCUCCUGAAGAAGUUCCAGGAGAGCCUUAAGGAACAUUAUCUGUUCCAGAUCAAUAGGCUGAAAAAUGAGAUUUUUGAGUACGAAACCGAAACGAAAAAGAAAAACGAAGAGAGAGAGUUGCUCGGGGUGCAGACGUAUGAAACCCAACAGAUGGUCUGCAGGCAACAAAAAUGCCUAGAAGAUCUGGUGAGAGAUGUACAGAGUAUGACGUCCGCCAGGGAGGAAGUAGAAAACAAAAUCAAAGAGGAAAAGGCGAAAUAUAAAGAGGCACAAGAGAAAAUGAUCGCUGCAGAGAAAUCUUCUUUAGAGCUACAGAAUGAAAUCAGCGCAGUAAACUUAUUAAUAAAUCAAGUCUCUCAAUGGGAAAAAAAGAUCGAAUCGAACAUCGCGGUAAACCAGCGGGUAGCCGAAAAAACCCGAAAGGACCAUCUGAAGCUCUCCGAGGAGAAACGAAAGCAGGACGCUCAAAUUUAUAAAAUCACGAGAGCGAUUUGGCACCUCGAGACCGAAAUCGACACGAUGGACAUGCAAAUCAAACUAAAAGAAACCGAAAGGGAAGAACUGGAGCAGACAGUAGCGCUAGGCAACACCAACUUGGAAGCCCUUCAGGCCGAGUACCGUUGCCUAAUGCAUUCCUGGAAUUCCGUGGUGGUUGCUAUAGGUAGCAGAGAUCGGAUCGUGGAGUGCCUUAGAACGGAAGAAAAUGCUAUCCAAGAGAAAGUUAAAAGCACCAUUUCUGAAGCGGAAAAGGUGCGAAAACUAACGAAGGGGGAGAUGAACGAGAAUCAGCGGUUCGUUUUAAAUAAGGCGAGGGCCGAGCUGGAUAUUAGCAACUGCAAACAACAAUUGGAAGAGGAAACUGCUCGGUUUAAUGAGCACGCGCGGAAUAUGGCGGAAAUGCAAGCAAUUAUAGAUCAGACAGAAAAGGACAUCCAACGGGCCUCUGAAGAGCUCAAGUACAAAGAAGUGCUGUUCAAGAGAAUCGUCAAGGAUUUCGAUAGGAUCUCCUCGAAAAAGUACGAACUAGAGAGGAAACUGUUGCAAGAUAUCGAAAACCAAGCUGCAAAUGACACGGUCGCAGGGAAUUUGAUGCGCUUACUAAACAUCGCAAGGGAGAAACGUAAAGACUUGGAAAUCAUAAUGAACGAGGCGGAAAACAAGCACAGCCUGCUGGUUUCGGACAUCGAAUCGCAAAAGUAUAAAAACGAGGAAAGCGAGAGAUCCCUGGCCGAGAUUGAGAAAGAGAAAACCGAGUUGGACAACGAGGCGGACGGCAUCCAAGCGGAAAAGGAUAAAUAUCAAAUGCUGUUCCGGAAAAAGGAGCGUCACGUCACGGUCCUGAACAUCAAACUGGAGAAGAUUUUGGAAAAGAUGCAAGUGAAGGACAUAAUAUCGCCGCAGGAGUUGCGCAUAAUAGCCCUCGAGAAACAAAUCGAAGAAACGCAAGAUAAAAUCAAAAACCUGCAAAUAUUUUGGCUCAGGGAGCAAAAGAAUUUGCUGAGCGUGUCCAAGGAGCGCCAGGAGCAGAUCCACAAGCUGAACCUCUUGAGGAAACAAAACUUAAUUCUGGAACAGAAAAAUUUGAAAGUGAACAACGAGAUCGAGAACUACAAGAAACAGGAAGAGCGAGUUUCGCAAAACAUCAACAAUUUACAAAAUAAAACCAGCGUGCUGUGCGAUAAUUUGUAUAAGAAAAAGGAUAGGAAGAACGUUUUGGACAAGAAAAAUUAUUAUUUGCAGUCCCAGUACGACGGUAAACUAAAAGAUACUGAACUAGAAUGCCUUAAAAUAGAGUCCGACAUAGCCGAGCUAGAAGAUGAGAAAGUAACGUUGAGUAAAGAGCUCAUAGAACUCAACCGAGAGGCCCUAGAAUGGGAGAAAAAGGUAAAACUGGCCAACCAAACAAAACAGGAUAUGAGAGGGGUUCGAGGUGGUACAGGGGACAUCAGCAAUAUGAGACAAGAAAUCCAGAGAAUGAGUGUUAUAUACAGUCAAUUAAAGAAGGCCCAAGAAAAACUGGUGAAAGACUUGGAACAUUGUGUCUCAAGACGCGAGGCGAUUUUCAUGGUAGCAGAAGCGAGACAAUCGCGCUCGAAAACAAGCGAAAUGAAAACGAGAAUCAACUAUACAAGAAAAAUGGACGACAUAAGAAACAAAAUCAAGCAGCUUGAAAAUGAAAAAAAAACUAUAGAAGAGAAGAUUGAACAGUUGCAAGGGGAAAAGGCUCAUAUAGAGCAAGAAAUAGAGUCAACUAAGCAUGAUAUUGAGUUUUGCAAGAAUUACUCUAUGAGCCUAAAGGAGCAGAUCGAGAAACGCAAGACUAACAGACAAUUGAAGUUUGAGAUGCUCAUCAUGACUCAGAGGAAGUUGAGCAUGUUUAAUGAUUUACUUGCCAAGAGGCAACCAUUUAUUUAUACGAAAAAAGACAACAUGCAGGCCGAGUUUUAUUAUCAGAAGGAUAUAAAUGGUAAGUUGGUGGUGUUAAUUGAAAAUUUAAGGUCAGACUUUCCAAAUUAUAAACAUCAGUUUAAUCGGUUGUAUAAUACAUUGAAGCUGAGCGUUUACACUCAGUAUUCUAGUAACUUGGAUAUCAGAAUAGAUUAAUUAUUGGGAUAAUGUAAUGUAUACAUGCUUUUUAAAUGAUUUUGCAUAAAAAUUUUUAUUGAAUAAAUAAUAUGCUUUA